AUGUCGGAAAAGUCGAAAACGAAAAGCUUUAUCGAAGGACUUCCAGAAGGCUUUGUUAAGAAAGUGAAGGGAGUGCUGGAUUUUAAACCCGAGCUUUUUACAACGGAAAUAACGCUGCCUGUUAUUUAUUUUAAAUGCAAAGAAGAUAUCGGUGCAAUAUUGAAAGUAGUCAAGAAGAUGGAUUUUGGAAUAAAGAGGCCUCAUUUCAAACACAUCGACUUUCCCAAAAAGCAGAUCCGCCUUUCCGCAAAAUUCGACAAAGGAGAACACGAAGAGCAGUUUCGAAAGAAUCUCGAUCGAGGGAUUCAGGUUGAAUUCAGCGAAGAAGAAUUUCAAUUUACUUAUCGCAACUUUACGGCUUCGGAAAUCUUUGAAAUGAUCUUCCCUGAAGAAAUUCAAAGGAUUUCUGGCUUCGCGACAAUCGGGCAUAUUAUCCAAGUCAACCUGAAAAAACCGCACUUUGAAUACAAAGAACUUAUCGGAAGAAUCCUUCUAGACAAAGUUCCAACAGUGAAAACAGUCAUCGCCAAAAACGACUCGUUAACAGAAUCGGAGGAGAAUAAAUUCAGAAUAUUGCCAUUUGAAGUUAUUGCGGGAAAAGACUCCCUGCAGACGGAACAUAGAGAACAUGGGAAUCGAUUUCACUUAGACAUGGGCGAGACUUAUUGGAACUCAAGGUUACAGGAGGAGCACAAGAUAAUGUCUGAUCAAAUCGACGAGAAAUCUGUUUGCGUUGAUCUUUGCUGCGGAAUUGGGCCAUUUGCGAUUCCAAUUGCUAAACGAGGAAUUCGAACGAUUGCAAAUGACCUCAACCCAAAUUCGAUCAAGUGGCUGAGGAUAAAUGUAGAACUGAACUUUCCAAGAAAACGAGGAGUUAAAAGUCAAGAUUUCAUAUCGCUAAUGAAUAAAGAUGGUCAUGAUGUUAUCAAGGAAGAUGUUUUAAAAUUGAUAGAAUCAGAAGGAGUAAAGAAAAUCGAAUGCUUGGCGAAUCUCCCUGGUGGUGCUACUUUUUUCCUUUCCUCUUUCAAAGUCCUGAUAAAAAUUUUGAAAGAAAAAGAGCUUCCUUUUGAUCUGACUUUCCACUGCUACUUAUUUGGGCCGAAGUAUUCGUCAAUUGAAGAGCGCUACGAAGCCAAGCUAAAAGUCCUCAAAACUCUGGAAGAAUCCUACGAGGACCUUCAAAAAGAUGCGAAGAUAACCAUCCGCGAAGUGCGCGAUAUUUCUGUUGAUAAUUUACAGUACUGUGCUAGUAUACGCUGGACGAGUGAAAACUCUUUAGAAAAUCGAACUCAAGAGCCGCCAGAAAAGAAAAGCCGGACGGAAUUAUAA